AGAAAACCAUUUAGGUGUCAACCCCGAUGCCUAGGGAAAUGAGAACAGAAACACCGGAUGAUGCCAGAUUGAUUCGCAUCUCCUGUCCAGAGAAGGCCAAGGAAAGGGAUCUUGCUGGGAUCUUCAUGGAUUCGCUUGCUGCAGCAUACACAAGGUUUGGGUUUAAUCUUUUCCAAAAGCUGAAUAAGACAAAAGAUGGCAACAUCUUCUUUUCCCCCGCGGGCAUUUCAGCUGCCAUCGGCAUGCUCGUCUUUGGGACCCAAGGAGCCACCCCGGCCCAGUUACGGAAGAUGCUCUCUUCUGAAAAAGAGGCAGGGAACUCCAGAAUCAAAGCCGAAGAAAAAAAGAUUGAGAAGACAGAAGAGAUACAUCACCAAUUCCAAGAGUUUUUGAGUGAGAUAGGCAAAUCCACUAAUGGUUAUGAAUUAAGAAUAGCCAACAGGCUCUUUGGAGAAAAGACAUACCUCUUCCUUCAAAAAUACUUAGAUUAUGUGGAAAAAUAUUACCACGCUUCUCUGGAACCUGUUGACUUCGUAAAUGCAGCAGACGAAAGUCGAAAGAAGAUUAAUUCCUGGGUCGAAAGCCAAACAAAGGAAAAAAUCAAGGACCUGUUUCCAGAUGGUUCUCUAGACAGCUUCACCAAGCUGGCGCUGGUGAACACAGUUUAUUUUAAAGGGCAAUGGGACAGGGAGUUUAAGAAAGAAAAUACCAAAGAGGAAGAGUUUUGGCUGAAUAAGAGUGCGAGCAAAUGUGUGCCAAUGAUGACACAGACCUGUACCUACAGCUUCACUUUCCUGGAGGACUUACAAGCCAAGAUUCUGGGAAUUCCGUAUAGAAACAAUGACCUAAGCCUGUGUGUGUUGCUGCCCAAUGACACAGAUGGCCUGGAGAAGAUUAUAGAUCAAAUAACUCCAGAAAAUUUAGUAGAGUGGACUAACCCAGGGCAUAUGGAAGAAAGGAACGUGACCUUGCACUUACCGCGGUUUGAAGUGGAAGAUGGGUACGAUCUGGAGGCCCUGGAGGCCGUCUUGGCAGCCAGGGGGCCGGCAGACGCUUUCAGCGAGUACAGAACGGACUCUCUGGGGCUGUCCUCACACUCCGGGCUGCAGGCGAAGAAGUUCCUGCACAGGGCCUUUGUGGCGGUCACCGAGGAAGGGACUGAGGCUGCAGCAGGCACCGGUGUGGGCUUUGCUCUCACACUGGCGCCGGGUUAUGAACAUUUUCAUUGCGAUCACCCUUUCCUGUUCUUUGUCAGGCACAACGAGUCCAAUAGCAUCCUCUUCUUUGGUAGAUUCUCUUCUCCUUAGGACAGUCAUGGCCUUGGCGGAAAACCAGUGUUAGAGUAUCAGUUAAGACUACGGACAUAGCCCGUUCUUUAAGAAAAAUUGUCUUACUUGCUUGCAUUCCAAUCUUACCAUCAAAAUCAAUGACCCGGUGACUGUAACAGGGUGCGUGUGUUUAUAAUUCUCCUUAAAGCUGAAACGUCCUUUUGUUUGUGCUCGGUAAAAACCAAGUUAAAUCGAGGGUCGGUAAUCAUCUGUUGAUUUCUUCUGGAAGUAAAUCAACCUCUUGUGGUUUUGUGUACUAAUGGCGAGAAACAGACUCUUCAGAAAAGACACAGACUAGUCUUUCUGGGAGUCCCUCUAGUUCCAAUAGUUUGACGUAAUACACAAAUAAAACAGUAAU